AGGAAAAAAAAACUCGUUUGAUCCGUCGGUCCUGACGUCAGCUGGAGCUGGAGCGGCUCGGGCUCGCGCACACGCUGCGCGUAAACUCAGCAUCAGCUCUAAGCAGAACAGCGGCGGCUAAUGGGCGCAAAAGCGCGCGCGACUUCUCCAAGGCACUACGCGGAUAUCAAGCGCUGUGAAUAAACCGGAAUAACAAUGAACGCAGUGACUUUUAUACUUGUUCUUGCUAUGGGGAUUUGCGGGGAAAAUCUUGAAGGGCCAACAGCAGGUUGCACAUUUGAGGAGGAUUCCAAUGCCGACCUGUGCGAGUACAGACAGGAACAGGAGGAUGACUUUGACUGGCAGUUGGUGCGAACCUCCAGCUGGCCUUCAGUGCCCUCUGACCUCACGUGGGGUUCCUAUAUGUUGGUGAAUUCGUCUCAGCACAGCGCAGGCGAGCGUGCUCAGCUGUUGCUGCACACUCUGAGUGAAAAUGACACCCACUGUGUACAGUUCAGCUACUUCCUGUAUAGCCGUGAUGGCCACAGUCCAGGCAGGCUCAGUGUCUAUGUGCAGGUGAAUGGUGGACCACAUGGAAACUCAGUUUGGAACAUUUCCGGAUCACAGGGCUGCCAAUGGCACCAGGUAGAACUGGCAGUCAGCACUUUCUGGCCCAGCGAGUACCAGAUCAUAUUUGAAGCUACCAUCUCUGCUGAGGAGAGAGGCUACAUUGGCCUGGAUGAUAUAGUCCUGCUAAACUACCCCUGUUAUAAGGUGCCACACUUCACCAGGCUCGGGGAUGUGGAGGUGAAUGCAGGGCAGAAUGCGACCUUUCAAUGUGUGGCUAAUGGACGUGCAUCCAAGAUGGAUCCCUUCACCAUGGAGAGGCAUAAUGGUCUUCUAAUGGUCCCAUAUUCACUCACAUCAUCAGUUGGUGAGCGUCGUUUGGCUGCAUGGUUUCAAAUAGAUGGAGCUCAACGGACCGAGCAGGAUCUUUAUCGCUGUAUCACACAAUCUUCCUAUGGAGCUGCUGUAUCCAACUUUGGUGAACUCAUUGUCAGAGUCCCGCCCUCCCCAAUAGCCCCACCCCAACUGCUGAGGUCAGGCUCUACCUACCUGAUCAUACAGCUGAACACAAACUCUAUAGUAGGAGAUGGGCCGGUGAUUCGUCGAGAGAUAGUGUACAGAGCCAGCCAUUCUCCUUGGUCAGAGACUCACGGCGUCAGCUCUCUCACCUACAAAGUUUGGCAUCUGGAACCAGACACUGAGUACCGUAUCAGCGUUCUCCUCACCCGACCUGGUGAGGGGGGAACUGGACCACCUGGACCACCUCUGAUCAGCAGAACUAAGUGUGCUGAGCCCAUGCGUCCACUCCGAGGUCUCGCGGCGUCUGAGAUUCAGUCACGCCAGUUGGUGCUACAGUGGGAGCCCCUCGGCUACAACCUGACACGAUGUCACACGUACUCCCUGUCGCUAUGCUACCGUUACUACACCGCAACAGGGAGCGGAGCCAUCACCAAUAACGCCACCGUGAGAGAGUGUCUGUCAGUGGAAAGGAAUAUGUCACGCUUCACGCUACGAGACCUGCCCCCGUUCCGUCCUGUACACGUGCGCCUUGCGUUGGCUAACCCCGAGGGCAAGAAAGAGAGCCGAGAGGUCACAUUCCAGACGGAGGAGGACAUCCCAGGGGGUAUUGCACCAGAGUCUCUGACCUUAACCCCACUAGAUGAUAUGAUCUUUCUGAAGUGGGAGGAGCCUGUGGAACCUAAUGGUCUGAUCACACAAUAUGAGAUCAGCUACCAGAGCAUUGAGUCAUUCGACCCCAGCGUGAAUGUGCCUGGGCCACGCCGCACUGUCUCUAAGCUGAAGAAUGAGACGUACCACAUGUUCUCAGGCCUUCAACCCGGAACCACAUAUCUGGUAUCUGUGCGUGCCCGCACUGCCAAGGGUUUCGGCCAGACCACCUUAACCGAGAUCACCACAAACAUCUCAGCGCCUGCAUUUGACUAUGACGACAUCCCCGCUCCUUUAAGUGAGUCUGAGAGCACCAUCACUGUGCUGCUGCGUCCUGCUCUGGCCCGAGGAGCUCCUGUCAGUGCUUACCAUGUGGUGGUGGUGGAGGAGGACGGCUCACGGCAGGUGAAAAGGAGAGAGCUUGGCCACCAUGACUGCUUUCCUUCCUCCUCGUCUCAGGGAGAGGCUCAGGGCAGAGUAGGAGGCGUUCCUCCUCACUACUACACGGCCGAGCUUCCUCCCAGCAGCCUUCUUGCAGCCACACCAUUCACUGUAGGGGACAACCACACCUACAACGGUUACUGGAACACUCCCCUGGACCCGAGCAAGAGUUAUCUCAUCUAUCUGCAGGCGGCAAGCAACUUCAGAGGGGAGACCCGGAUUAACUGCAUUCGAAUAGCACGGAAAGCUGCAUGUAAGGAUCAUAAGCACGCUCUGGAGAUAUCCCAGAAUUCUGAGGACAUGGGGUUGAUACUUGGGGCUUCUGCUGGAGGACUAGUGGUCUUUGUCCUUUUGCUGGGAGCCAUUGUAAUCAUUGUGAAGAAAGGAAGGGACUUCUAUUUUUACCCUUACAACCCAAGGAAGAAAGUGAACAUGAACAAAGCAGCCAUGCCUUAUCGGCAAGAGAAGAAACAAAGGCUAGGCUCACUGGACUGCAGCACAGCUGACCAAGGCACACUGCAGCAGGACGAGCGUACCACACACACCUUUAUGGAUGUGCAUAGCUGCAGUGCGAGGACCGACCAGCGCAGCUCCGUGAACGAGUCAAGCAGCCUGCUGGGAGGAUCUCCACGACGCCACUGCUGCAGGAAGAACUCUCCGUACCACACAGGCCAGCUGCAUCCAGCUGUUCGUGUAGCUGACCUACUGCAGCACAUCAAUCAAAUGAAAACAUCUGAGUGCUAUGGCUUCAAGCAAGAAUAUGAGAGCUUUUUUGAUGGAUGGGACAUCACCAAAAGGAAAGAUAAGACCAAAGGCAGACACGAUACCCUGUUGGCCCAUGACCGUCAUCAUGUCAAAAUGCACUCUCUCUUGGCUGACCCCAACUCUGAUUAUGUCAAUGCCAACUAUAUUGAUAUUCGGAUAAACAGGGAAGGAUACCAACGUUCCAACCAUUUCAUCGCCACUCAAGGGCCCAAGCAGGACAUGAUCUAUGAUUUCUGGCGGAUGGUCUGGCAGGAGAACUGCUACAGCAUUGUGAUGAUCACCAAACUGGUGGAGGUGGGAAGAGUGAAAUGCUGUAAGUACUGGCCUGAUGAUAGCGAGGUAUAUGGAGACAUUAAGAUCACUCUGCUGAAGACUGAAACACUGGCUGAAUAUACAGUGCGCACCUUCACCAUGGAACGGCGAGGUUAUCCAGCCAAACAUGAGGUGUGUCAGUUCCAUUUCACAUCAUGGCCAGAACAUGGAGUGCCGUAUCACGCCACAGGUUUGUUGGCCUUCCUGCGGCGUGUCAAAGCCUCUACACCUCCCGACACCGGGCCUGUGGUCGUCCACUGCAGUAUGGGUGCUGGGCGGACGGGUUGCUACAUCGUCCUGGAUGUGAUGCUGGACAUGGCAGAGUGUGAGGGAGUGGUAGACAUCUACAACUGCGUCAAGACGCUCUGCUCGCGGCGCAUCAACAUGAUUCAAACCGAGGAGCAGUAUGUGUUUAUUCAUGACGCCAUCCUUGAGGCAUGCCUGUGUGGCGAGACAGCCAUCCCAGUCAACGAGUUUGCUCUCACCUACAAAGACAUAGUAAGGGUUGACACUCAGAGCAACACCUCUCAGCUCAGAGAAGAGUUCCAGACGCUGAACUCUGUGACGCCUCACUUAGACGUAGAGGAGUGCAGUGUGUCUCUGCUGCCCAGAAACCGAGAGAAGAACAGGAGCAUGGAUGUGCUGCCUCCUGACCGAGCCCUGGCCUUCCUCGUCACCACAGAGGUGGACGGCAGCGACUACAUCAACGCAGCACUGAUGGAUAGUUUCCUUCGGCCAGCCGCCUUCGUGGUGACGCCUCACCCACUGCCCAUCACCACUGGAGAUUUCUGGAGGCUGGUGUUUGAUUACGGCUGCACCUCUAUCGUCAUGCUCAACCAGAUCAACCAGUCCAACUCUGCCUGGCCUUGUCUGCAGUACUGGCCUGAGACGGGCAUGCAGCAGUUUGGACCUAUGACAGUGGAGUUGCUCUCCAGGUCCACAGAUGAUGAUGUCAUCACCCGGCUGUUUCGGGUCAAUAACAUCACACGGCUGCAGGAGGGUCACCUGGUGGUGCGUCAUUUCCAGUUCCUGCGCUGGUCAGCCUACCGUGAUAUCCCAGACUCCAAAAAGGCCUUUCUCACUCUGCUGGCCCAAGUGCUCAAGUGGCAGAGGGAGUGUGGUGAUGGGCGCAUUGUAGUUCACUGCCUGAAUGGAGGUGGGCGCAGUGGCACGUUCUGUGCUUGCACCAUGAUAAUGGAGAUGAUCGGGCACCACAGCAUGGUGGAUGUCUUCUACGCUGUCAAGACUCUCCGUAACUCCAAGACUAACAUGGUGGAGACCCUGGAGCAGUAUCGGUUCUGUUACGACCUGGCUUUGGAGUACCUGGACUGUCUCGAGGUCAGAUAACACCCGAACCAGUGACCAGAGAACCGAUGAACGAGCAACCGAGCCUUUCUGGGGCCUUCAAUGUCUUUUUCUUUCCUUUACUGGUCUCUCAGGCCUGGAUGAACGAGUCUUUCAUGUUCACCUUUUUUUCUGUGGUGAAACCGAAAACCCAACAAAGAUACAGGCAUGGGAGUCCUGGUUCUUUCACCUUUGUAUUAUACUUGUUUUGUUUCAUCAGGCAAAAAUAUAAUCUCAACAGACUCUUCUAGGAAAUGGCAUUCCCAAAUACCCUACAAGGUAAUGGUCAAUUUCCUGGUUACAGUUUAUCCAGUCUGCUUUGAUUUUGAUUCCUGAAGCUCAGCCAAUCUCUGCCUUAUUCACUGAGCAAGACGAACACAUCAUAUUCUAACCAAGCCAAUGCAAUGGCAAGACUGCAGCAACAAAAAACAUAUAUGUAAAGUGUGUGUAUUCAUAUUCUCUGCACAUGGUGGAUAGAGAAUUUUCAUAAAGAAUGCCCUGAAAGGACUAUGAAUAUGUAAUGUUCUAAGAAAUGUGAUAUACACCAGGUUUUUUAAAAAGGUGGAUUUCAGAUCGGUGUCAGUAUAUCAGCCGGCAGUCCAGAAGCGAUGCAAAGAUGGUCUUGAGUUAAUUUAUUGAUUUGUGUAAAUAACAUAGGUAUUUUGCAAAUCUGUUUCUAAAUGUUGUCUCUGACAUGCCAGUACAUUCGUUUUUGUGUGCCUGUGUAUUAAAAAGAGGACCACUCAUGCAUCAGCAUGCCUGUUGUACUGUCCGUGUCCCAAUGCAAUCUCAGAUAUGGUCUAUAUUGGCCAUCUUGUGCAGUAUAUUUGCUUUCAUCAAGACCAAUGUAAAAAUUUUGGGGAAAAAAAAAGUAAAUUUGCUGUUAUGGGCAGAAGGUAAGGCAAUUGUCAGAAGAGAUGCUUUUUAAAUUUCUAUUUAUUCGUUGUGUUUUCUUUCCUGAAUAAGGCACAUUAUGAAGAAAUAAAAUAUUAUGAUGUUG